UUCGGGCGCUUAAGAUGCGCUGAGAGGUUGUUCGCUGCUCGCUGCACAACUCUUUAAUGUCUAAAUUCGGCGUGAGGAGCUUACUUGGCACUUUCUGCUGAGGAGAAAAGCCAUCGCGACGGUUCGGUGUGUGGAGUCUGCCUACAUUUAACAAUAAGACGUGAUGUAGCAGUGUUGCGCCAGUUGUCGUGCUGUCCCUCUACCUCCGGUCCCCAGUGCCUCACUGCAUGACGUCAGACCACAGAUAGGUGCACGAAGGGAAAACGGCCCCUUCAACAUCCAGGAUCCCUUCCCCUGGAGUCCAGGCUGUCACGCUUAGUAGCUACAACGCCACAACUUUCUCAUCUCAUCUUUCAACUCCUCUCCAGCAGAAUUUUUCCCACAUAGGAGUUAAACACCUCCACUGACCUAAGUGGAGGUGUUGAAGAGCUGUCCCCCACCCUUACCCUCACCCCCUGUUUAUUCUCUUAAAUAUUUAAGAAUAUUUUUUUUCCUCCUGUUUGGGUUGAGUCCGGUUCUGCCGGCCGCGUGACUUUUCAAAACUGGGGCGCGAUUCAUGGGAUGCAACCAUGUCGGAUCUCAGUGAGCGCAGGCCGGUCAACACGGACUACGCUGUCUCCCUGCUGGAGCAGCUCAAGUUCUUUUACGAACAGAAAUUACUGACUGACAUUGUGCUGCUGGUGGAGGACACGGAGUUCCCAUGUCACAAGAUGGUCCUGGCCACAUGUAGCUCCUAUUUCAGGGCGAUGUUCAUGAGCGGCCUCAGCGAGAGCAAACAGACCCACGUACACCUGAGGAAUGUGGACCCGGCCACCCUGCAGAUCAUAAUCACCUACGCCUACACGGGCAACCUGGCCAUCAGCGACAGCACCGUGGAGCCGCUCUACGAGACCGCCUGCUUCCUGCAGGUGGAGGACGUCUUGUUGCAGUGCAGAGACUAUCUGGUGAAGAAGAUAAACGCUGAGAACUGCGUCCGCAUGUUGAGCAUCGGCGACCUGUUCAGUUGUAGUGAGCUAAAGCAGAGCGCUAAGCGCAUGGUGGAGCACAAGUUCCCCGUGGUCUACAGGCAGGAGGCCUUCCUUCAGCUCUCACACGAGCUGUUGAUAGACGUCCUGAGCAGCGACAACCUCAACGUGGAAAAGGAGGAGACGGUGCGCGAGGCGGCCAUGCUGUGGUUGGAGUAUAACAUGGAGGCGCGCUCGCAGCACCUGUCCUCUGUGCUCAGUCAGAUUCGCAUCGACGCGCUGUCUGAGGUGACGCAGCGUGCCUGGUUCCAGGGUCUGCCACCCAACGACAAGUCUGUGGUGGUGCAAGGCCUCUACAAGUCCAUGCCCAAGUUCUUCAAACCUCGGUUAGGCAUGACCAAGGAAGAGAUGCUGAUCUUCAUGGAGGCCAUGUCAGAAACGCAGGGCGAUGGCUGCGUCAUGUCCGGUGCCUUGCCUACUACGGUAGUGUGUUACAGCCCGCAGGCGGAAAAAGUGUACAAGCUCAGCAACCCCCCAGGAGACCUGCAGAAGGUGGGGACGCUCGUUACACCAGACAACGACGUGUUCAUCGCUGGUGGACAGAUCCCUCUAAAAAACUCUAUCACCAACCACGGCAAGAGCGGAAAGUUACAGGCGGUCUUCCGCUCGGUCGAUAGCUUCUUCUGGUUUGACGCCCAGCAGAACGCCUGGGUACCCAAAACCCCCAUGCUGUGUGCCCGAAUCAAGCCCUCGCUGGUGUUCUGUGAGGGCUACAUCUAUGCAAUCGGAGGAGACAACGUAGGAGGAGAGCUGAACAAGCGCACGGUGGAGCGCUACGACUGCGAGAAGGACGAGUGGAGCAUGAUGAGCCCCCUGCCCUUCGCCUGGAACUGGAGCACCUCCGUGGUGGCGCACGACUGCAUCUACGUGAUGACCCACGACCUGAUGUACUGCUACUUCCCCCGAGCCGACACCUGGGUGGAGAUGGCCAUGCGCAAGACCAGCCGCUGUUUCGCCUCUGCAGCUGCCUUCGGUGACCUCAUUUUCUACAUUGGCGGCCUCCACGUGGUCAGCAACUCUGGCAUCCGCAUGCCCACGAGCACCAUCGACGGCUCUUCCGUCACCGUGGAGGUCUAUGAUGUCAACAAGAACGAGUGGCGCCUGGCCGCCAACAUCCCUGCCAAGCGUUACUCGGACCCAUGCGUGCGGGCAGUGGUGCUGCUCAACUCGCUGUGCAUUUUUAUGCGUGAAACCCACAUGAACGAGCGCGCCAAGUACGCUAUUUAUCAGUACGACAUGGAGCUGGACCGGUGGUACCUACGGCAGCCCGUGUCGGAACGCGUGCUCUGGGAUCUGGGCAAGGACUUCCGCUGUGCGGUGGGUAAGCUGUACCCGUCCUGCCUGGAGGAGUCCCCCUGGAAACCCCCAACCUACCUCUUCUCCAACGACGGAGCCGAGGAGUUUGAGGUGGACGGGGAGCUAGUGACGCUCCCGUAUAGCUCUUAGGCUCCGCUCCCCUACCUCGCUGACUGAACCAGGAAUCUGUAACGCUGAGGGAUGAACAUGAAGGGGGGCAGAUCUCUGACGUAUGAAAGGGUUUGUUAUCUGUGUUGUGGAGGGAUCUCUGGACUUUGGAGGCUUGCAUUAGCCACAGCUGUUGCUGAUGAACAAUGCAGCCUAAAACAAGCUUGGAGAGAAAAAGAUGCCCCUCUAAAAUACUAGUAAUUUGAAAACUUCUGCCUCCCCCCCCCUUCUUAUUUUGUCAACUAUGACAUCUGUUAGAUAUUAUUACAAGUCUGUCAUACUGUUUCUACAAUGUGAUAAUCUAAAUGUCAACUGAUUUUUGUGGUGAUGAGGGUGAUGAUGCACUUAACCAGUAAAGCUUCUUGGAAUAACAAUGGCAACUGUACCAAAAUCCCCCAGCAUCCCUUCUGAUUGUGGCUUCCCUCUCUUCUCCCCCACCCCCGUCUCCUCUUUUUCUCUUCUCUCACCACUGAUAAAGGAAUACACCACUGCAAAUCUGUCAUUAGAGCAUCAAAAAUGUUCCCUGGAGGUUUAAAAAGGAGGCUCUGAAAAGGUUUAUAGCAAAGGGACAGGAGAUCAUUCAGCUUUGAUCCACAGCAGUUAAAAAUGGGUUCCAAUGGUGAGCUUGAAUCAAUACAAACAUGUAUCAAAACUGAUCUGUAGAAACUUAUUAAACUGCUUCUCCUCACAUCUAACACGAUGUCUGUUGAACAUAUUAAACAUAUGGAUCAGUGGUUGUGCAUAAUGCAGCAGGAGUGGUUUAAAACAUUUUGGUAUUGAGCUUGAAGGUUCAUUACCAACCUUGGAAAUGGUAUUUUUGACUAAAAAAAUUCGCACAAGGUCAAUGAAAUGCGGUUGAAGAUUGGGAAAUAGUCCAGUAAUGUUUUCAAACCCUGUAAUGUUUAUGUCUCACAAGAAAAAAACAUAAAGAUACUAUUUCCAAGGUCAUUAGUCUGUUUUGAACAGGGCUGCAUCUAAAGAUUAUUUGCAUGGAGGAUGGAUUUGUCCACAUUUCUUCUAAUUAACUGAUUAAUCCUUUAUACCACAAGCAAGUUCCCAAAGCCCAUGUUUACAUCUUUUUAUAUAGCUUAAUUUGGACAUUUGUUCUUGAGAAAUUCCUUUAAAUGUAGAGCUGAAACGACUACUUGAUUUAAAUGAUAGAAGGGUUACACUUUAGUAUUUAUCACUUAAAGGUGGGGUAUGCGAUUCUAAUCCAAUACACAAUUUUGUCAUUCACUCUGUGUACUCAGCCCUGGCUCUGUAAAUGUGCCCGCACCUCGCCACUCAAAGCUAUUUCAGCUGUGAUUUGUGUGUCAGGUAACGUUAAAUAACUUUCCCACGGACAUUCGGCUCGCGUUGUAGUUCACCAAGACAUGCUGCUGUUGUGAUGUUGGCUGUAGAAGCAGAAGAGUUGUAAGUAUCGCUGUCUGGAUCUGGGACAGUCUUGUCCUCUCUGCAUGUUGGCUUCGCAUCAGGAAAUGUAGGACCAGUUUCGCUCUAUAUCGUAGUACUUGUCCGGAAUCGCUUACUCCACCUUAAGUCAUCUUUGAAGCAAAAAUGUCAAAUAUUCUCUGGUUCUACCUUCCCAAAUGUGAGGAUUUGAUGAUUUCCACUUUUUGAUGUUGACUGUUUGGACAAAACGAGCUAUUUAAAGACAUCAGCGGUGGUAACUUGUGAUGGACGUUGUUUUGUUUUUUUAGACCAAACAGUUCAUCGAUAAUGAAAAUAACCCCUAGUUGCAGCCAUGGUGGUGAAUAAAUGUUUUAAAAUGUGAACAUCUACCAGCCACUGACAUGGAAAUGUUUAAAUUCACCAGCCAGCAAAUAGUAAAUCAUUAUUUCGUGUCUGAAGUCUGCCAGCAUUUUACCUGCUGGCAGCUCUUCAGCCAUGUUUUGUUGCUGUGGUUCUGGAUCUCCAUGGUAAUCUGCUGGGAACCAGGACUGCUACCGUCGUCCGCCACAAAUGAGCAAAAUACAGAUUUUUCAGAGCCACCUUUAAAACCUCACAGGUGCACGUAUUUAACACUUUAAAGAUAGAUUUGUUCAGAGUGUUUCUUUUAAAAACGGGAUCCAUCUUUUUCUUCUAAAGGCCCAACAGACGAGAAGAACAGGGGCCCGUGGCUUCCGGGAGGGAUGACGGAGGGGGCGGGGGAGUGUGAGGCAGAGGGCGACUGCAGGUCCGGUCACCCAUUACCUCUCCUCCCUCACCGCUCCGUCCUCCACCCUGACUCUACUUUAGCGCCUCCACAGCUGUCUGUCAGUCUGUUUGCACACAGGUCUUCCACACAGCCAGCGGUCUACACCUCACUCCAUCCAUCGUCACAUCAUCAUGAUACUUUUGUUUGUUUUUCACCAGGGUCUCUGCAAAAUACACACAACUCCACUCUCGGUACAAACAUAUGUUUCGGGCUCAUGCGUUUGUUGUUUUUUUUUUUUGUUUUUUUUUUUAUUUCCAAGCUGCUGAAAUAUAUAAUAAAUAUAUAUUUUUCAUACGUUUAAAAGACAACUGUUUCAGUGUGGGGGAAAAUAACCAGGUCUAUUUUGUAUUAGUGUCUUUUUUUUUUUAAUUUAAUAUCAGACAUUACUGUAGUGUGAUUGUGGGUAGAUAUCCAUUUUCCAGAUUACAUUUUUCUCGAGUGAAUAUUGAGGAAUCUUGCUGCUGAUCGGUUGUGAGAGGAGAGGGCUUGCGAUGGAAAUCGGCCCCAGCAACCGCUAGCAGUAGUGGAGAGGGCGGGUCAGGGAAGGAAGGGGUCUUCCUUCUACCUUAAAAACAUGAGCACAGGUGCUUCAUGACAAACCUUACUAGCAUGUUUGGCUGCAUCAUAUUCCUUUGGCACUGUAUUUUGAAUGAACGUUAAUUUAUUAAAAAACAUACCAAAAGCGUUCCUGAAA